CCGGGGUUCCGGAGUUCCGGGGCGGGGCCCGCGGCGCGUCAUGGCGGAGGCGGCGUUGGACGCGGUGCGGAGCGCUUUACGAGAGUUCCCCGCGGCGGCACGGGAGCUGAGCGUGCCCCCCGCCGUGCCCUACCUGGACGGGCCCCCCACGCCGCUGGCCUUCUACCGGGACUGGGUGUGCCCCAACCGGCCCUGCAUCGUCCGCCGCGCGCUGGGCCACUGGCCGGCCCUCCGCAAGUGGUCGCUGCCCUACCUGAGGGCCGCGGCGGGCGCCACGGAGGUGAGCGUGGCGGUGACCCCGGACGGCUACGCGGACGCGGUGCGCGGGGGCCGCUUCGUGCUGCCGGCCGAGCGCCGGCUGCCGCUGGGCCGCGUGCUGGACGUGCUGGAGGGCCGCGCCGCGCACCCCGGCGUGCUCUACGUGCAGAAGCAGUGCUCGAACCUGCGCGCCGAGCUGCCCGCGCUGCUGCCCGACCUCCCGCCCCACGUUCCCUGGGCCUCCGAGGCCCUAGGAAAGAUGCCCGACGCGGUGAACUUCUGGCUCGGGGAGGCCGCGGCCGUGACCUCGCUGCACCGGGAUCACUACGAGAACCUGUACUGUGUGCUGUCGGGGGAGAAGCGCUUCCUCCUGCACCCGCCCAGCGACCGGCCCUUCAUCCCCUACGAGCUGUACGCGCCGGCCACGUACCAGCUGACGGAAGACGGGGCCUUUAAGAUCGUGGACGAAGAAACCACGGAGAAGGCGAAGGUGCCGGGAACGUGCCUGCUCACCGUGCGCGUCCUGCAGGCCCACGGGCUGCCUUCCAGGGACCUGUUGACCCCCUCGGACUGCUACGUGACCCUGUGGCUGCCCACGGCCUCCAGCCGCCCGCUGCAGACACGCACCGUCAAGAACAGCAGGGACCCCGUCUGGAACCAGAGCUUCCGCUUCCGCACCCACUGCAAGCUCAAGAAUAUCCUGGAGCUGAAGGUCUUCGACCAGGACCUGUUGACCCAAGAUGACCUGUUGUCCGUGCUGUUCGACGUGGGGACCCUGCGAGUGGGGGAGUCCCGGCGCCAGAGCUUUUCCCUGAGUUCUCAGGCGCAGGGGCGGCUGGAGGUUGAGUUUCGGCUGCAGAGUCAGCCAGCUGGAGCGGAGUGGCUCGCCAGCAACGGCAUCCUGGUGGCCCGGGAGCUGUCGCGCCUGCGCGUCCGGCUGGAGCAGAUGGGGCCCCCGAGAGAACCCGAGGGCAGCGUCCGGCUCGAGGUCCCCGGCGCCUGCGAGGGCCCCCAGGAGGCCGCGGGGGGCACCGGCUCCUUCUGCUUCCACUGCCCGGCCUGCUGGGAGGAGGAGCUGAGCAUCCACCUGAAGGACGACCCCCAGCCGCCCCUGAAGGUGCCCCUGCAGGCCCUGCCCCCCGGCCAGCCGGUGCGGCUCGCCUUCCCCGCAUCCCAGGAGCCCUGGAUGCGGGUGGAGCUGAAGAAGGAAGAAGGGGCGGGCGAGCUGGCGGUGCGGCUGGGCUGCGGGCUGUGCGCAGAGGAGCGCGCCUUCCUGAGCAGGAGGCGGCGGGUGGCGGCCGCGGCCCUGAAGCAGGCCCUGCAGCUGGACAGAGACCUGCGAGAGGACGAGGUCCCCGUGGUGGCUGUCAUGGCUACCGGCGGUGGGAUCCGGGCAAUGACUGCCUUAUACGGGCAGCUGGCGGGCCUGCAGGAGCUGGGCCUGUUAGACUGCGUCACCUACAUCACGGGGGCCUCGGGCUCCACCUGGGCUCUGGCCAACCUGUACGCGGACCCGGAGUGGUCCCAGAAGGACCUGGCCGGGCCCACCGCGGCGCUGAAGGCCCAGGUGACCAAGAGCAAGCUGGGCGCGCUGGCUCCCCGCCAGCUGCAGCGGUACCGGCAGGAGCUGGCGGAGCGCGCGCGCCUGGGCCACCCGCCCUGCUUCACCAACCUGUGGGCCCUCGUCAACGAGGCCCUGCUGCACGAUGAGCCCCAAGACCACAAGCUCUCAGAUCAACAGGAGGCCUUGAGCCGCGGCCAGAACCCGCUGCCCAUCUACUGUGCGCUCAACACCAAGGCGCGGAGCCUGACGACCUUUGAGUUCGGGGAGUGGUGCGAGUUCUCCCCCUACGAGGUGGGCUUGCCCAAGUAUGGGGCCUUCAUCCCCUCCCAGCUCUUCGGCUCCGAGUUCUACAUGGGGCGGCUGGUGAAGCAGCUCCCCGAGUCCCGCAUCUGCUUCCUGGAAGGGAUCUGGAGCAACCUGUACGCGGCCAGCCUCCAGGACAGCCUGUACUGGGCCUCGGAGCCCGGCCAGUUCUGGGAGCGCUGGGCCCAGGACCGAGCCAGCCUGGACAAAGAGGAGGUACCCCAGCUGAAGAUGGAGGAGCCACCCACGACGGCCGGCAGGAUCGCGGGGCUUUUCACUGACCUCCUGACCAAGCGCCCCCUCGCUCAGGCCACCCACAACUUCCUGCGUGGGCUCCAUUUCCACCAGGACUACUUCCAGCACCCGCACUUCUCUGCCUGGAAAGCUACCAAGCUGGAUGGACUCCCCAACCAGCUGACCCCCACGGAGCCCCACCUGUGCCUGCUGGACGUGGGCUACCUCAUCAACACCAGCUGCCCGCCCCUGCUGCGGCCCACGCGGGAGGUGGACCUCAUCCUGUCGGUGGACUACAACCUGCAGGGAGCCUUUCAGCAGCUGCAGCUCCUGGACAAGUUCUGCCAGGAGCAGGGCAUCCCGUUCCCCCCCAUCUCCCCCACGGCGGAGGAGCAGCGGCAGCCCCGCGAGUGCCACGCCUUCCACGACCCCGCGCGGCCCGAGGCCCCCGCGCUGCUGCACUUCCCGCUGGUCAACGCCUCCUUCCGCGAGUUCUCGGCCCCCGGAGUGCCGCGGACGCCCGAGGAGCAGGCGGCCGGGGAGGUGAACCUGUCUCCCGCCGACUCCCCGUACCACUACAGCCGCGUGACCUACAGCGCCGCCGACGCCGACAAGCUGCUGCGCCUGGCGCGCUACAACGUGCUCUGCAGCCGCGCCGCGCUGCUCCACGCGCUGCGCCAGGCCGUGCGGCGGCGCCGCCGGCCCCGGUGACCCCCACGCCC